AUGUCAGUGGCUUUCAAUCCUCUGUUCUCAGUUCUCACUACAGAUGGGCAGAUCAUGGCAAGGAAAGAAAAAAGGCUGACUUUUUCUCGUGUUUCGCAUUUUAGGUAUUCUGUUUUCCGCCCUGCCGCUCGUCGGCUGAUAUCUAUCAGCCCGAAUGCUUCUAUCUUGGCAGCUGCGAGGUCAAGGUCAAUGACUACUCAAUCGAUUACAUUCAAUAGUCGUCCUACCGCCGCAACAACCACGACAUUGUCGCUCCGCAUCCAGCGACGAUGGAACAGCGACGAAGCCAGCAAGAACAAUGUAGCUGAGAAGAUUGAGCUUGAAACCCAGAAGGUCAAGGUUGAAGCUGAAGGUGAAGCUGCGACAACAAACACCACAUCAACAACGGCCGAGACUCCAAUUUCCGCGCAGGAAGCCAAUGAAGCUGCUAUAGAAGAAUCUGCAGUCAAAUCUGUCAGUGAAGGGGCAGCUACUACUACUGCUUCUGCUUCUACUUCCACUUCUAUCGCCGCUGAAGAAGAAAGCUCAGACUUGUCUGCUCCUGGAACUAUCCUCACAGUCCCUAGUGGUCCACGCUCUCGCCCUGAUAGAUCGAACAUUCCCCCUUCUCAAACCAUUUAUGUUGGAAAUUUGUUUUUCGAUAUUACGGCAGAGGAUCUCAAGGCUCGAAUGGAGGCUUUUGGUGUUGUUGAACACUGCGUUAUUGUCCAUGAUUCUCGUGGAUUGAGCAAGGGAUUCGGAUACGUUACCUUUGAAGACGUCGAGGCUGCGAAGCGCGCCGUCGCCGACUUAAACCAACAAAUCUACGAAGGCCGACGUAUUCUUGUGCAAUUUUCUGCCGCUGCAGGUCGUCCAGGUAUUCCUCCAAAACGACGACCCACCAGGACUCUUUACAUUGGCAACCUUCCCUUUGAUCUCACGGACCGCGAGAUCAACGAUCUCUUCAAGAGCGUUCGCAACAUCGUUGAAGUUCGUGUUGCUGUUGAUCGUCAAACCGGCCAGCCGCGAGGCUUCGCGCAUGCUGACUUCCUGGACGUUGCCAGUGCGCAGGCUGCAGCGGAAAUUCUUGCCAGCAAGGCACCGCAUGGUCGCCGUCUCAAGCUCGACUAUGGUCAGCGCGCGAGUCGACGAUCUAUCAGGAACGCUGAAAAUAACAGCGAGAAAGCCGAGGCUCAGGCAACGCAAGCCGAGAGUGGCGAAGUCGAAAAGUAA